CGGACGCAAAGUGAGCUGAGUCACAAUCGUGUUGUUUCCUUAUUCAAUUUGUGUUUAAAAUAAAUCUGGAAUCUUUAUAAGGCCUGAUGCUGUCGCCGCACGAUGACGAUGACGACAACCACUUAUGUAUCAAGUGUAACGCCACCAUCAUCGGCCUUGAUAACUAUGUUAAACAUAGAAAGCAAAGCUGCCGGAAAAGAAAAACUGAAUCUAAAACUGAACUCCCUUCCAUCGAGCCGCUGGAGCCGACAUAUAGUUUAGGCGCCGAUGUAUUUUUUCAAUCGUUAGAACUACAGAGUAGCGUUAAAAAGGCAUCUUUGUCACGAUUAACACCACCCACGCCAAUAUCCAAAGCUAGUCUUGAUAAAAAGAGUACAUUGACGGUCGCGUCUUCGUCGCAUCUUCCUCGAAUGAGUCCUAUUGAGAACAACUUAAGAGGAGAGGACUGGAUCGGUGGACAUAGCUUAAGGAUUGGAAUUAAUGAAGACAACCAAACGAAAUUGAUCAAUGCUGUUGCAAGUAUUAGUGGCUCUGUUAAAAAAGAUCUCCCUAGUACUUCCUAUAAUAUUAGCAGCUUUAAUGAUUUUAAAGGUGAAGAUGAUACUGAAGAAUCUGACGAUACAGACGACGACGACGAGGAAGAAGUCGUACCGCAUGGAGGGAAAUGGAAACCACCACCAAAUUAUACCGGUGGUAAGUGGCGACCGGCAUCUCCAGAGCACGAAGAUUGGGAUAUGAGGGAUGAACAAGAACAAAUUGACAGAGAUUAUGAUUAUGACGCCCCUCCGCCUGAACACACAAAAGGAAAAUGGGUUCCUGGUGCCAACGAAAAAACUCAAAUAAUGCAAACUACAAUACAAUCAAAAGGAUCAGUUCAAUAUUGGUGCGGUCCAUGUAACCGAAGACUCGGUUCUCGUGCGAUUUAUGAAAAACAUCUCAUGUCUAACUUGCACAUGCGCAAAGUUUUACCAGAACAUGAACUAGAGUUCUCAGGACAUUUAGAUCCGAUUCGAACUGUAGGUGACAAGCGAACAACUCGACCAGCGUCCGUCAGUGAAAAUCCAAGUAACCAAAUUCAGAGAAAAAAGCAUAAGUUAUCAGAACCAAAAUUAAACAUAAAAAUUAAAAAGAAGAAAAGGAAAAGGAAGGCUUACUUUGUUCAAUGCUCGGGCUGUAAGUCACGUGUCCGAACCCACCUAAUGGGAAAACAUUUAAUAUCACACUAUCAUUUCAGAAAAGCCACCGAUAUAAAGAGUGAAGUGUACCAACAACUCAUUCUUAAUAACAUGGAUGCCAUAGUCCAUCAAGCUCCAUUUCAAUGUAGUCCUUGUAAAUUUUAUACCAAUUGGCUCUCAAAUUUUAUGCAACAUUGGUUCUCCGAAGAACACGACCAUACAAUCAACUCUAUCGAUGGUAGAUUCUGGUGUUCAUUUUGCAAAUUCGAAUGUGAUACGUCUCAGGAGAUGUUGAAUCAUAUGUCAAGCUCUGAACACAGCGAAGUGGUGGCAGUGAUUAAUCGUUCCAUGCCGAUUAUAAUACGAAAGAAGACGAUAUUACGCUGUGAAACGUGUCAUCAAGAAUUUCGAUAUAAUUUUGAGAUUAAGCAACACUGUCUAAAAACUGGUCACGAAAUAACUCAUACCGCAACAGACAACUAUCAAGAACUCCAUAGAUGUCAGCACUGCAGGCAAAAGUUCAAGUCAUCAGUAACGUUGGCAGCUCAUUUGAAAUCGAGACACAAGCAAAAAGCAUUCUUCUGUCUCGUUUGUUCGAAAAAUUUUGAUUCUUCUGAAGAAGCUAAACGUCAUCGCCAGACUUCAGAACAUAGGAUUAGAAGAAAAGAGAAAUUGCGAGAGAGAGGUUUUUCCACGAAAGAUUUAAGUAAAAAAUGUCCUUACUGCACGGAAAAAGUGAUUUUGAAGAAUAUUUUGGAACUUAAGGAUCAUAUUAGACGAGCUCAUCCCAACAUUAGGAAGAAGUGUCCCAAAUGUGGCAAAUCGUUUAUUUUCUCCCAAGAAGUAACAAGACACAUACGAGAUAAUGCUUGCCAAUUUCAAAAAUCUGAAACAAUCAACUCUUCGAUUCUCUGGAAUUGCAGUCAGUGUCUGUUUACCACUGAUUCACAGGCUGAAUGUUUCUUUCACGAAGUUCUUCAUACGGAGCCUCUUGCAAAUGAGGAUAUGAAGAAAUCUGUUCUAAAAUACUCCUGUCCACUCUGUCCGAAGAGUUUUAAGAAGGCUUCCUUGAGGUUACACUUGAGGCAGCACACCUUCGAAAGGCCGUUUGUUUGUUCGAUAUGUGGAGCAAAUUUUACUCGUCAGUCAAGUUUGUCAAACCAUUCUAGGACCGAGCAUGAAAACUUGGACGCUAAAUUGUCAAAAUUAACAUCCAUCGAAGUAGUUAUGACAAAAAUAGCUAAGGAAGAAUUAAAGUGUAAUAAGUGCAAGAAAAAAUUUAGCGACAGCCAAGCUUUGAACGAGCACUCCAGCACGUGUGAAACAGAGGAGAGGCGAUGUCCCCACGACCAGUGCUCCUACAUCGCGUCAACUCCCGCGCAACUCAACAGACAUCGAAAGAAACACGGCGAGCGGAUAAAACAUUACGAAUGUCCGACGUGUGAGUUCAAAACGGACCAAGCCAGCCACAUGAAGAGGCACUUACUGUGCCAUAAGGGAGUCAAGCCGUAUGCCUGUCCGCAUUGCCCAUUUACUUGUGCAAGUUUGGAGAACCUGCGCAAGCACGCGCUGCGCAGCGCGCGCCACCCCGGCCGCGCGCUGUACGCGUGCGCCGCGCGCGCCGCGUGCGCCUUCCGCAGCGACCGCGCCGCCCGCCUGCGCGCGCACUACACCGCCGCGCACGCCGACCAGUUCGACGCCGCCUCGGCGCGCCGGGCCGUCCAGCGGCAUCUCAUGGUAGCCGACCCGGACCCCUGA